AUGACGGACUUUGACGCUGCAUCCGCGCUCCUAAUGCUGAGCUCAGGAUAUCAACAGUACAAGAACGAGAAUAACAACAUCCACACGGUGAAGAAAACGAAUAACUCAUCCACACCCAGCUCCGAAUGUUCCUCUCCACCGAAGAAACGGGAACGGAAGAACGGAUCACCUAAACAACGGAAGCUACAGCCAGCACUCCGCAUAGCUUCCAUCAAUGGCAACUACAAACAGAAGGAAUUGCUCGAUCGGCUUUCGGAACCACUUAGACUGUCCGUUUCGCCACCGUCCGCAUUGGAACCGUUGCAGUUGAAGAAAAACAACCGAAAGGAGCAGAUGCGAAUGGAGGCAUCUUCACCGGAAAUGGAAAAUUGGGAUAGCAGAAGUAAUCUGUCUCCGACGCUGGAACUCCAUCAGGAAUCGACCGGUAAAGUAAACGGCUCAAUGCUGUACACCAGCCCCGGCAUGAAUGGGUUUGCCAUGCUGUUGAAAUCGCAAAACAACCAAUACACCAGUUCACCGAAACCUCCCACCGUGGUGACUACGUUCUUGGAUGAUAACCGUAAGAAACGGUUUCUUGACCACCCGGUAACAGAGGAUGGUGCUAGUGCGAUCGUUGUAGCAGCAGCAGACAAACCCGCUCGCUCACCAUCCGAUUCGGGUGUAUCAUCCAUCCACGACGAACUGCAUCAACCGAUGGUGGUACUGCAGCGUUGGAUCAAGGAACCGGAUGUGUUGGAUAGCAGUAAUAUACCCGACAGUGUGCAGGAGCAGUUGGACAACAUCAACGAAAUAUCAGCCUUCAACAAGGAAAUCUUCACCAAGGCCAAGAUGGCUAACUUCCCACUGGAAAUGACGUUCAAUCCCGCAAAAUCCCGAAUGCGCAAGGAGUGCUCGAACGAGAUCGACAACCAAGAUCGCAUCAGAAACAAUGAAGCGUCGCGUCGAUCGCGCCACAAGAAGAAGCUGAUCACGCAUCUGAUGAACAUCAGUCUGGAGUUUGAUCGGGUGGAAAAUCGGCACCUGUACAUGGAGGAACGCAGGUUGCGCGAUUUGAUUCUGGAGCUAGAGGCGAAAGCACUGAGCAACGGAAUCAAUCCCAAGGUCGUGCAAAGUUUGCGAUCGUCGUGCGGAUUUCAAUGA